CCGGCGUCCAGACGCAGGAGUAAAUCGCUCGUAGCCGUUUGAAGACCGAGAACUGCCGCUUCGCUCUCCCCGUCCGUGACAACCGCACUUCUACGACGAAUGUGCCCAAACCUUCCCGCAUCACAAUUUGUAAAAUGUGUAUUUAUGGUCCACCGAACGCGCUUACAAAUGCUAUCUUCGACUGGUCGCCUCCAUCCUCCGAGGCAGAGUAGGGCAAAUCCGGCGUGCCUCGAACUCGGAGGCCGAGUGCAAGCGCUCAAGCCGAACGUGUGACUCCCCCUCGGAGGAGAAAACGGCAAACGCGGAAGCACGUGACUAUAGAAAAAAAUCCGGUUUCUAGUCGAAGCCGUGUCGAAGUCUAGCCAAUGUUCCUGACGCUUUCAAGCAAGAUGGCAGGCGUGUGGCCGUGCGGCGAGACCACGGGCGGGACGCUGGAAUCCAGCAGGGUAUCGUCGCCAACUCCGCAGAUUCUUUUCGCCUCAAUGAUUGUGGACGGCACUGCAACAACUGAUGCACUGUCAGGAGGUCCUGCAGUUGAGCAACAUGUGCAAUCUGGUGGUUCUUCAUCAGUAAAUGCUGCCUGGACUGAUGGAGAGACAAAGCUGCUGCUCGAUUAUUAUGCCAAGUAUGCGCCAUAUGUGGGGCCAAUGAAGAAGUUCAAAUGCAAGAGGGCAAUGUUUGAGCAAAUUGCUCGCGAUAUGUUUGCUUUACUCAAUGUUGUGCGAACUGGUGUUCAGUGUGAGAGUCGUUUCAAGACCAUUGCAAAGAGCAAACGCAAUGAGGAUCGCAAUAAUCGCACAUGUGGCCAUUCACGCUGUAAUGUGGUAUUUGAGGAAGAGUUUGCAUCGAUUCGAGCUAUAGAUGACAGCCUAGAACCAGAAGUUCUUCGGGGAGUUAAGAAAGUGAUGUACAAGAGGCUGCCUUCUGCUGCACAUGCCACUGCAAAGGACCCAAAUCUUGAAUCGUCAAUACCAUCAAACUCUGGUGAACAUAGGCACGGCUCCGUCAACACAGCACCUCCAGAGCAGGUGGGAAAUGGCAGGCUGGAUUGUGAUGGUACUACACCCAAAGGAAGACCUGAGCGCCCAAGAAAUCAACGGCCAAGUACUGACCGCAUGAAGCACAUGAAGAUGUUUUUUGAUGAGAUGUACAAAGUAAAUGAACAGCGCGAAGCUCGAAAGGAAGAACGAGAAAGAAAGCGUGAGGAAGCGCGUUCACGGCGACAUCAAGAAAUCCUUCAAGCACAUGCAGAUUACGUGGAGGCACUGCGGGAGAUUGCCAAGGAAGGGAGAGUGAGCGCAACCCAAUAGCUCUUGAG